AUGGCACACUACAAAGGAGCGGCGUCGGAGGGGAGCCGAGCGGUUAAUCUUAUGAAACAGAGAGAGAGGCAGAAGGAAGAGUUGGAGCUUCUCAAAAAGAAGAUAGCCGAAGUGCGUUUCUUGCUGUACAACUUCUGCGCAUGCGUAGAAUACCACCAACUUUCACAACAGGAGCAUGGGACCACGAAGUUUGAGGUCAGUGACAAGUUUGCCACUUCUUUUGACGUGGUGGAAGAGCAGCUCAAGUCCAGUACCGCUGGAUUACUUACUCUGGAGGAGAUGAAAGAGAGACGGGAGAUUCUGGUGAAGGCUCGAGAACAGCAGGUCGCUGCGAAACUGGCCAAUAAAUCAGCAGUUGAGUCAGAGGCAAAAAAACAGCACAAGAGGCCAGGAGGUGGCGCACUAUCGUUUGCCAUGGAGGACGAGGAGGAUGAGGAAGAUGAAGCACCAAGUCCACCAAAACCAAAGAAGAAACGACUCGGUAAAAAUCCUGAAGUCGACACUUCGUUUCUUCCAGACAGAGACAGAGAGGAGGCAGAGCGUAGGGAGCGAGAGGAGCUGCGGCAAUCUUGGGUCGCCCAGCAGGAGAAGAUAAAAGCGGAGGAGAUUGAGAUCACAUACAGCUACUGGGAUGGAUCAGGGCACCGUAGACAUGUAAAGAUGAAGAAAGGCGACUCCAUUCACAGGUUCCUGGCAAAAGUAUUGGAAGGCAUUCGAAAGGAGUUCACGGAGUUGAGAGCCGUCACAGUUGACAACCUCAUGUACAUUAAAGAAGACCUGAUUAUUCCACACCAUUACUCCUUCUAUGACUUUAUCAUCAACAAGGCUAGAGGAAAGAGCGGUCCUCUGUUCUCAUUUGAUGUCCAUGAAGACGUGCGACUGGUGAAUGAUGCUUCUGUUGAAAGAGAUGAGUCCCACGCAGGGAAAGUGGUUCUUCGUACCUGGUACGAGAGAAACAAGCAUAUCUUCCCCGCCAGUCGCUGGGAGCCGUAUGACCCCGAGAAGAGCUGGGACGUCUACUCUAUUGGGGACAACAAGGAGAGAGCUAACGCGAAGUAAGGGACAGGAUUGACUGGACUUAUCAAAAACACCUCUUGAAAUUCCAUUAGUUUGUUGUAUAUUUUACUGACAUUCAUACAUGACGCACUAAGUAAUCGUUUCACUUAUCGUGUGUGUGUGUGUGCUAUUAAUCAUUGUGCUCAUUGUGUUUCUCCUUUGCCACUGAAGAGUAGAGCUGUCCGUAGAAUUCCAUACCACUGAGACAGAACCUGUAGUUUCCCUCCGCAUUCUUCCCGAGCUGCGUCAGUCUAAAGUAGCGACACGGCGUCGGAUUCGUCACGGGGAAAUAGCGCGUGGUACUCCUGCGGAAGUAGGCGCCGGAUUCCUCGGAGAGGUGGCUCCAGGUCCGUCCGUUUUGCGAUCCCUCCAUAGUCCAGUGUACCGGGGCGCCGUUGUUUCCCUCCGGGUGACAUUGGAGAACGUAGCCUGUCAGUUUCAAGAGGCGCUGCUCGCGUAAGUCAAUGUCGAACUUCGAUUCCUCUUCGUCGUCAGUACAGCAGAGGAGGUAGUCGGUCAUCUUCACGAGGAGACCCGUGUCACCGGCGUGUAGCGAGGAGGGGAUGAUGAUAAUCUUCAUGGUGUCGACCGGGGACACCCACUGGUCGUGUGGGUUGCUGCAGCGAGCUAUGUGGUCAAACACACCUCUCCUGCUGCUGGUGGCUGGGUUCAAGGGGUCAUACUGGAUGUCCACUGGUACAACCUGCUGGAGGUUCUUUUUUCUGAUGGUCCCGCUGUCUCCGUUUGUCUUCACUGCAACGCAGAGCUUCUUCUCAAUCACGCUGUUGGUGACCUUCACCAGCUCUCCUUUCUUUGCCGAUAGGUCCCCUGGGUUCUUUGCUUUUACAGAGGUGACUACUUCUGAUAUGAGGAUGUCUCCCCGCGAUCGCUGGCGGUCGAAACUCGGCC